UACAAGAAUAUGACAUCAUCAGUUGCUAAUUCAAUGUGACCACAGUCAACCUAGACUUUGAGGUGGUUGUUUUAGUCCAUGAUGCUUUGCUUUCACUCCCUCCUUUCUUUCCAACCACAACUCACAGUGAAGAAAAAAAGUCCAUCGCAUCAAACCUCAACUCCAGUGGAAGGGGGGAAACCCUGUCUAAAGAACAUGUCUCUGAAAUGCAGCAUGGCAUGCAGCAGACAGAUUUGUUUGUACAAGGACAAUACAAGACACACUAGAGGAUGAAGAGCCAACAACACACCUCCAAAUACCUGCUGCUACAUGUGUGGUGUGGGUUUCUCACAGUUGCUAUGGGGAUUAUGGUCGCAGUUCUUACAACAGUGCAAAUAAACUCAUCUGAUAAGAGUCAUUUACCUGAAUCAAAGGAGGAAAACCAGCCCCCUACAAAUGGCAGUUUUUUGGCUCAAUUGAAUUCAUCAAAGGCUCCCCGUCCCUCUUAUAUCCAGCUGACCAUGGGAACAUUAUCUUGGGAGAAUGAUCAUGAUGCCUGUGGCUCUUGCUCCCUCGUCCUCCGCGACAACUCUGUCUACAUCACAUCUGAAGGCUUCUACUACAUCUAUGUCCAGGUCACCUUCACUAGGCACACCGGGGGAGAGGAGAAGAGGAAGGUGACUCUGUUCAAAAAUGGCAUUCAGAAUCAGACCCAGCGAAGGAGACUGAGUGAAGCCGUGUAUCACGGAGAGAAAGAGGGCACUGUAUUCAUGUCCAGGAUGGUUAAGCUCCAACAAGGUAACAGUCUCAGCCUUGAGAUAACAUCCAAGAAUAAUAGUUUUAGGUAUGGGGUAGAGAAUACCCACUGGGGGGCAUUUCAGCUCCCCCCAUAUUGAGCCAACAGACAUUUGUAUUCAGACUUAGUUCAAGAUUGAACCAAAAACAGCUGUUAAAACAUUGUUUUUUUAAAAGUGUGUGGUAGUUACUAAACUGAAUUUAUUUUGUGGAAACUGUAACUGUUAUGCAUAUGCAUUGUAUGUUUUGCUGAACAGAUUUGAUUACACAAUGAGAUAACAGAA